GCUCCAAGAUCGCCACAACAGAACGGAGUGGUGGAAAGGAAAAACAGAACCAUUCUGAAUAUGGCAAGAAGCAUGAUGAAGACCAAGAAGAUGCCAAGAGAGUUUUGGGCUGAAGUUGUUGAGUGCGCAGUCUACUUGUUGAACCGCUGCACAACAAAAGCAGUUGAAAAUGAAACUCCAAUUGAAUUAUGGAGUGGAAGAAAGUCCUCAGUCCAUCACUUGAAGGUGUUUAGAAGCAUUGCAUUUGCCCAUGUUCAUGAUGGAAAGCGCACCAAGCUUGAUGACAAGUGCAAGAAGUAUGUGUUUGUUGGUUAUGAUUAUAGAACAAAAGGACAUAGGCUUUAUGAUCUAGAAGGUGGCAGAGCUGUCAUCAGUAGAGAUGUGGAUUUUGAUGAAGAAGCCAUGUGGGAUUGGAAAUCUCAAGAAGAGAAUUAUGAAUUUCUUCCGUCUUUUGCAAAAGAAGAUGAUGAAGAAGAAAGGCAAAAAAUCAUCACUCCCCCAGCAUCACCGUCUCGUGGUGAAAUUUCACCUUCAGAAGGAAGCUCAAGUGAAGGGCCGUUGCGAACAAGGAGGCUCAGUGAUAUAUAUCGAGAAACUGAAGAAAUUGAAGAAACUAGUGAUGUUACACUAUUUUGUCUUUUUGCAGACACUGAGUCUAUUAACUUCAAUGAAGCUGCCAAAGAUAAAAAGUGGAGAAAAGCAAUGGACAAGGAGAUGAAUGCAAUAAAAAAGAGCUAGUCACUCUUCCUCAAGGACAUACUGCUAUUGGAGUGAAAUGGGUGUUCAAAGAGAAGAAGAAUUCUAAAGGAGAGGUGGAAAGAUAUAAAGCAAGGCUCGUGGCUAAAGGCUAUAAUCAGCAACAUGGCAUCGACUAUGAAGAGGUUUUUGCAUUGGUAGCUCGUCUGGAGACGAUAAGGUUGAUAAU